AUGGAACAUCCAGACACACCAAGACCACUGCGAAGGCCGCCACCUCCAAUACGAUCGCCACCACAACCAAUGUCGCCACCUCCCCUAGAACCCGCGCCAAAACUACCAUCACCUCCCUCGACUAUAUCAUUACCGAGUCCCACACAAAUGCCAGAAGAACCUCCCACGCAAACCUCAAUGUCGCCUCACCUGCAAGCGCCACAAGAACCUACAUUGCCAUUGCGUAGAGAAACGCCGUCACCAUCAACAUCACCACCUAUGACUCCCAAUGGAGCAAUAAGGCCACCGGAGGAAGCUCCCGUCAGCUACUCUAGUAGAAAAAUGGCAUCACCAUCAACACCACCACCACCUCUGGCUCCUAAUGAAGCAAUAAGGUCACCAGAGGAAGUACCCGUCAGCUACCCGCCACCGCCCAACUUAACACCCUCUAAUGUCACGACUCCUAGCGAAUGGUCCACCGGACUUUGUGCAUGGACCUCAGAUGUCCCACAUUGUAUUCUUACAUGCUUUUGUCCAUGCAUCACAUUUGGGCAGAUUUCAGAGAUCGUUGAUAGAGGUGCAACAUAUUAUGCACUUCUAAUUUCUCAAUUGUGCGCAGCUUGCACGAUGAACGGAGUAAUUUACACUAUACUGGUUGUUGUGUUGGGAUUGGCAUGCGUAUACUCGACUUUUUAUCGAAAAAAGCUGAGGGAUCAGCUCCAUUUGAGGGGUAACACUUGCGAGGAUUGUUGUCUUCAUUCUUUCUGCGAAAUUUGUGCUCUUACCCAAGAGUACCGUGAGCUUCAAAGCCGAGGUUUUGACAUGAGCUUAGGAUGGCAUGGCAAUAUCGAAAGACAAAAUCAAGAUGCAACAAUGAUCCCACCUCCACACACGAGCAUGCAGAGAUAAAGCAUACAAUGCGAUGUACUUAGCCACAGCACACAACUACAGCCUCCAGAACCUUUACGUCAUACUUCAGAGCUCGAGACUACUCGAGUCAAAUCAUGGUGUCAAUCUAACGAUUCAAGAGAGAACGAAAGGACCACUCGUUAAUCAGCAUAAGCCGAUGAUUAAAAAAAAA